AUGGAGUACUUCGCGAAAUCCCUUUCUUUAUUCUUUCUCCUAGUACUAGUCCUCUUCUCUCCUCUUCAAAUUCAAGCCAGAGAGAGUAAAUUUUUUAACAAGUUCACUCACUUUAGUACCAACAACAAGGUCCCCGAGUCCGAAAUUUCUGCACCUACACCUACACCUGCCCCAGCACCAGCGCCAGCGGAAUUUGAAGUGUCAGUACCAGCACCAGCACCAGCAUUGGCACCAACGUUAUUUUAUGCCGAGAGAGAAAGUGGCUAUGGCCUUUAUGGUAAGGUUGGGUCUAAUCAGUUUCCUCCUACAAAAGGGACUGAGACUUCUAUUACUGAGGAAACCGAUCUUCUGAAUGAACAACUCAGUGCUGCUGAAAACUAUGAGACAGGCAAUCAAAAUAGCAACUACAACAAUAAUCUCUACACCAGCAACUACAAAAGCAAUGGCUAUGGCAAUACAGGCUACACCACUGUCAACUACAACAACAAUGGUUACUCCAACAGUUACAACCCCAAUGGCUAUGAGACUGAGAAGCAAGGGCUGAGCGAUACCAGACUUAUGCAAAACUACAACAACAACAACAACCGGUACACCAACAACAACAACAACGUCUACACCAGCAACUACAAUAACAAUGGCCAUACUGGUAACACAGGCUACAACAACAAUGGCUAUUCCAGCAACUACAACACCAACGGGUAUGAGAAUGAGAAGCAAGGGAUGAGUGACACGAGAUUUCUUGAGAACGGAAAGUACUACUAUAAUGUGAAGAAUGAAAAUAAUUACCCUGCCACAUAUGAAUCAGAGAGACAGAUUGGUGUUGUUAAGAAUGAGGGAUCUUAUGGAAACACACAGAGCACCUAUGAGUUCAACACCAUGGAAGAGUACGAGAACCAGCCGGGGGGAUAUCAAGUGAACCCGGAGAAUUAUGUGCCUUGAGUGGAAAAAAAAAAGAAAGAAAAAAGAGUAAAAAUGAAAAACAAAACUUAAGUUACGACAUGUUUCCUUUUUUAUUUUGGUUUGUAGUUUCAUUUGUAUUUGCAUAAUUUUAUAUGCUUUACAAAUCAAAGAGAAGAAUAGUUUUGCA